GGGAUGCAACCAGCAGCCUAAUGAGUCGUCUGUGAUUGGUCGAUGAAACAUGUCUACGUGCACCUGGAGUGAUCUUCGCCCAGCGUGGUCUGAUUGUCGCACUUCGGUGCUAAACAAGAUCCUGCUGCCGGGUCUACUCCAAUCUUUCCACAAAACUAUCGUGGAAGAAGAAGGAGUGCUGGUCAGAUCCAAUGAUCAUGGCGUGGCAGAGGGAAAGAGCUUAACACUGAUGAAAACGAAGAGCACGCGAAAGAUAUCUUCUGUUUCUCAGAUUCAUCAAAUGUGAUUAUCCUGUGCACACGACAAUUCCCCAUAUACAUCAGCCAUUCCUGUAGAUCUGGCAAUGCCAUUCUUCCUGCCAAAAGGGGCAUUCCAUGGCAAAAGGGGCCUCAAGGCUGUGAAGCCCUUGCAGCCUGGCCAGUACCCAGCUGAAAGCCAAAAAAUCAGUCAAAGGUGCACCCAGCAGCACUCCAAAUUGGACGAGGUGAGUGCACUCAAAGCAAAGAAGAAGCAGGUGUCUUUUGCUGACCACAAAGGCUUGGCCCUCACGAGGGUGAAGGUCUUCUCGGAGUUUGAGGACUCUAUUGACAUCCCCCUCAACAUCCAGGAACUUCUCCGCUCCGCGCUCAGGGUGUCGGACAAGGAUGCCCUGGUUCUAGACUUCGUCCCGCCGUCCUCUGAUUACCUCCUCUUCCGCCAUCGCCUGGAGCAGAACUAUGUUUGCUUGGAGCACUGCACACUCAAGGAGCGAGCUCUGGCAGGCACGGUGAAGGUCAAGAACCUGUCCUUCGAGAAGUCAGUCAAGCUGCGCGUCACCUUCGACACGUGGAAGAGCCACGCAGACGUGGAGUGCCAGUUCAUGAAAAACACCUACACGGACGAGGACCGCGACACCUUUGCCUUCGAGGUGAGCCUCCCGAGCGAGGCGCGACCCCACGAGGGCAUCGAGUUCGCCAUCCUCUACGAGGUCGCCGGAGUACAACACUGGGACAGCAACGAGGGUCAGAACUACCGAAUCGUUCCCUCCGCACUGAAGAAAGAGCACCAGAACAGCCUCAACAGAAGCCCGUCACGAAAUGGCACCAGUGACUGGGGCUUUCAGUUUGACUGCUACGGAAGCCCCAGAUGCUCAAAUGGGAUUUUCCCUGAUUGGCCAGGAUUCCAUGGCUAUGAGGAAAUAGGCCGAUACUACUAAUCCCUGUAGCACCACUUGUCUUUGAGGCCAGUUGUCCUGUGAACUUGUCUGAAACACCGGGAAGAUCCAGUUGGAAUCUUUUUUUUUUCCACUGCAAGCAGGGUAAAGGUGGUACCACAGUCUGACUGACCACAGACAGUGACACAAACUAAGGGGGUAUCUUAACCACAAAAUGUUGCAAUAUUUCUGCUAUCCUGUAAGGGCCCUAUGCACUUUGGAUUUCCUUUUGGAAGGUUCCUCACCCAGAUAAGCCAAUGUUUGUGGGGUAUCUAUGUGUGUUUGUGUGAUAAGAGAGAACAAGAGAAUGCAAGAACAAGAAACAGUACAAAAACAGUUAUGAUUUGGUGUUUUCUGCUACAGCUGCUACUUUAUCAGGUCUAUUUAUGAGUGCGCCUGAGGACUUUGUACCCUUAAGACGUGUGUGUCCGUGAUAAUUGCCAUUGAUCUUAACGCUGUUUUUAAUGCCAGAGUACUUUAUUAUUUGCACUGAGGUAAGGCAUCUUGAACAGGGAAAAAAUCAAGACCUCAAGUUACGUGGUAAUUGUUGUCAUGGUAGGGAUUUAUGAAUUGGUCCUUUUGAUCGCGUCCAUAAUACAACUGUUAAAAGUUGUGGUGCUUAAUUGUUGCCUUUUAAAAUGACUUUAAAGCUUUUUAAUGUUUUUAACAUUGGGCCUGGAACACUUGAUUAUUUUCAUGUUCUCACAUUAGAUAUUUGAAUUCACUUUUGAUGGGUAUUAGUUUUUAAAAUAAUUAAAAUUCUUCAUUCAUGACUGUCUUAGUGGAGGACAUUGAAAGUGUAUGGUUUAUACAAUACCACAUUCAACACUGUGUUAAUAAGCAUGUUUAUGUUUUUUGUCUCACUUUUCUGAAUAUGUUUUUGUGAACAGAGAUCAGCACCAGAUACCUUUUUGUUUCUGUGUCAAGCAGUGCUAAAUGUUACCAAUAAUUGCUUUCUUCUAAAUAUGUCUGUAUUUUACAUGCAACACUACAAUUGGGAAUCAGUGCUUAUGUUGUGUCAGGGAUGUCUUGACAUCUGUGUUAAAUUUGACUGGGAAUUGUCAUUCUUUUUUUCUUUUUUUAGAACUUAAUAAAUAACUUCACUUAUAA